CAGUCUCAUUAGUAACCACUUGGAUCUGUCAGAACAAGAUAUAAUGGAGCUUUGGGCUUGCUUAUUGUUAAAUAACGUGAGUGAAUGAGCGUGAAUGCCUUUGUCUGCUAGUAGUCAAAUGUUCUAUUAUAUGACCAGUCAGGUCAAAUUGUAUGUCUACAAAUUGCAACUGCCAGACUGUUUCAAGAAGUGACUUUGUUUUUGUUGUUGUUUUGUUUUAUUGAUAAAAACAUCUAUAUCUGGAUGAUGCAUAAACCCGGUAAGCAUUUUAUUUAUUCUGUACUAUAUUGGGAGUAUUGGUUCUGUUGUUUCUUGUCCCUCCUGACUGUACUCCAGAAUAGAUUAUGUCAAUUUUAACGCCAUCAUUCUGGGUCUGAACUAAACCCAGUGCUUGUGGACAAGGACAGGGGAUUGAACUUAUAGACAGCUUACAAAGAAGCUGAAAAAAAAAACAACGGGUUUUUGAUGUAAGAAGUUGGUAUUAUAUCCCUAAUAUAGGGUUAAUACUGAUGACUACUGAUGACUAUAACAGCAUUUUAACUGCUAAAAAACUCUUGUUACCAUGUGACUGCUAGGUAAUCCAGACAGAAGAGUAUAAAGAAAUGGCCCAACAUUUGGUUGUCACACAAUUUAGAAGGAAGGGCACUGUGGCCAGUCUGCCAUUGCAAUUAGCAUUCAUUUUGGCCUUAUUCAAUGAGAUCUACACUGACUACUGGGCAUGCAUUAUGCAUGAGUCUGUCCAUAUGCACUAAGGCCAUCAUGCAUGCCCUUGUAGAAAUGCAAUGACCACUGGCAUGCAAUUACAUUUAACUUGUGCACAUUCUCCUGUGUGCUCAUUCUCCUUCAAUGGUUGUACAGGCUAAAAUUGUGCAUUCUCCUUAUAUACAUUGUGAUAUUCGUCAGUAGUGAGGUAAAAAUGAUACAUUUUACAAAUUGAUAACAUCUGUUAGUCAAAUCCUUAUAAGUGUCCAGUUAAAACUAUCUACAAAUAAAACCUGGUAUUCAGGAGGGUUUUUUUUUUUUUCAGACAAACAGAUGGCUUAAGUAUUCUUUUAGAGCUGUAGUUUUCUGAUCAUUAUAAAAAUAUAUAUAUAAAUAUGGUUAGAGUAAGGAAUAUAAACAAGAGUCUGCAGGUAAGAUUGCACUGCCUUCUGCUCUACUACAGACUAACUUGUAUCCAUUUUUAAUUGCUUCCGCUAUUCCUGAUGAUGACCGAUUACAAAUAAAUACAUUAAAAUGAUGGUGGUGGAGUAGCAACAACUUUUUUGGCUGCCUGUAGAAGUUGGGAAAACCUAACCUAAUCUAACCUUCUAACAUUUAAUAAAACAUUUCAAAACAUCUGAAAAUUGUACUGUCAAAAAGCUGAAAUAUGGCUGUUUUACAUAUCUCUGUAAAAGCAGGUUGUCUGGAUCUAUAAGCAUUGCUCACUCAUCUGAUUCAUACCUCACUGUUUCAUCAAAAUAAUAAAACAUUGUCAUAAUGGCCAUUUCCUUUUUCUUCUUCCUCUGCAGUUUAUCUUCUUUGUGUUUAUGUCAAGAACGUAAUGGAAAUGGUGUUAUGAUAUUGUGAAGUUCUCUAGGCUUUCUGUACGUAUAUAUUUUUUUUUUUUUUUAAAAAUUGUUCGUUUUGUUCCUUUUUCUGUGAAUUUUGACUCAAGAGAAGAAAAUGAACACAAGUGAUCCUGUGAGAUGAUGCUGAAUUUGAUAUAAAUAAUUAUAAAAUAAAAUUUUGCAAAAUAUGAUUUUAACAGGGGAAAUAAUAGCGGACUAUGGUUUGUUAUCCAAUAAGUUUUUGCUGUAGCUUAGUGGCCUUUCAGAAGAAACAGGCACUUGUGUGGACAAAAGGCAUCGUGUCUAAGACUUACUGUUGCCCGUGGGUGUUUAAAACGGCAUUUCUCAAAGCCUGGACCGUGACAACUCCGACCAUUUUAUCUCUAUGAAGAAUCUCUAACGGGAGAUCUUAAUUUCCAGCACGUGGCUCUUUAGCGCCCCUUGGAGAGAAAGCCCGUAAUCGCAGAUGCGUCUCCUGGGGAGUCAAAGCCAUUCAUCAGCCAGGGAAAUUAAAGGCACUGGAAAAUUUGGCUCAAGGUAUCAGUCGUGACAGCGGGAAACUUACACUUCUCUAGACAAGCAGAAAUGGGCAGAUCAUAUGACUCAGUUAGACCGAUCACCUCUGUCACUGCCAACGCAAAAGUGGUGAGUGUAGAAGAGAAAUAAACAGAUCUCUUACCUACCGGUAACAUCUCAACACACGAAAAGAGGGUAAAGCUUGUUUAUGUUUAUGGGAGAGAGUGAGACAACUGGUAAUGGCUGAGCUCCUAAUCUAAUAAGGCUUAAAAUUAUUUCUAGUUUCAUUCACUGUGAGGCAGCAUCAUUCCUUACCCAUCUUUCAAGUGAGCAUCAUUCAAUUAAAAUGCAAUUCUCGUCGCCCCCAUGCACGGAUAUUUAAUUAGACUGGGGAGCACGGCUUCCAAUGUCUUUUUUUCUAGCAUAGCUCUUCGGAUUUCACCUCUAAGGCAUAUUUUCACUCUGUUACUCGUUGGUUAAACAAGGGCAUGUAUCCAUUUGUUAAUUGAUACAAUUACGCAUUACGCGUAAUGGUCACGUAGGUCUCCAGGCGCGCAUCAAUCACUGGUCUAUUGACCUGCCAAAAACCCCUCUAACCGUUCCUACUGGGACUGCCCCUCUCUCUAAUAGAGAAAGAUAGAAACAUCAUCGUCAUUAACUCUGGGAUGGACCUCUGGCCAAAGAGCCACAAGCGAACAAAGGUCGAGAUAAAAAAAAAAAAAGAAAAAGUAUUAGAGGUCCAGCCAUCUAUAGCUGUGAUACACUGUAAAUAAUACAAACCGUUUUAGGUAUCAGUUUUAUCUAAGCAGACAAUAGUGCAGACUUUUCUAGUUUAGGCAACAUGUGUUAUUUCUAUUUGUCUAGAUAAAGUGAAAAAGUAAUGAAAUAUCUCACAAGACACCCUAAACAUCCCCAGUGUUUCUCUCUCUCUCUCUCUUUUCUAGUUUAUUUAACUUCACAAAGGGUUUCCAUAUUGCAUUGUUACAAUUCAAUAAUAAUGAACAGUGGUGCAAUUUUCCGAGACUUUACCUCAGAAAAUCGGUAAAGAAUUCUAUUACAAAAGCGGAACAAGGCUGUGUACAGUGCACCUUAAGAAAACCCUGUGUUGGACGUGAUUGGCAAAGACAUUAUUCUAUCCUUGGUACCCUGCCGUUCCGGGAUUACAGUGACGUCACGCUGAUACCCUUGCAUGGAUGAAUGCUAAAGAACUAUAGAGCCACAAAUAAUAGCACAAGCAGAGUCCAUAUCUUGGAAGACUUACGUUAUCCUUUAAGCCUCCUUCAGCUAACACAACAACAAUUUUUUUUUGCACUUAAUGACGCUUAAUUUCAUUUCUUAUUGGGUCCUUGGGGGGAUUAUUCAUUCAUAUAAAACAAUCUGCAGCUGGUGUCAGCCUAAAGUCUCCCUCCUAUGAGUGAAGUCAUCUAUUAUUGAGCGAAAGGCCGUGCGUGGAAAUGUGUGUAAGACGGUGGAUUUGAAGUAGAAUUGGUUGCAAUCGAUCAAGGGUGAAGAAUAUUCCUGAUGGUAACAAAAGAAGCAGCUAUGUCUUUCUCGCAAUUUGGAUAUCCCUACAAUGCAACUUCACAGUUUUUCGUGUCGGCAAACCCCAGUACGACUUGCUGCGAUUCGAUUUCCAGGUCGGUCUCUGACGGGACAGGCAGCUCCCAGACUGCCGCUGCCGCCGCCGCUGCCUCCUUUUGCUGCCCGUCCUACGAGAACCGGCUUUUGGCAAGCAGCCGGACGGAGCUCAACGCAGCGCUGGGGAUGUACAGCUCUCCCUACGCCGCAGCGGCCGCAGCCAGCCAGAACUAUGCCAACUACUUCCCCUACAGCACCGACCCAUCCGCUAUCUACUCCACUCUGAAUCCACAGUAUGACAUUAAGGACAGCACAGGCACUUUACACUCUGGCAUUACUCAGACUGCUGCGUACUAUCCUUAUGAUCACUCACUGGGACAGUAUCAAUACGACAGGUACGGGACAGUAGAUUUUAAUGGCACAGCCAGAAGAAAGAACGCUACACGUGAAACCACCAGCACUCUGAAAACAUGGUUGUAUGAGCACCGCAAAAACCCCUACCCCACCAAGGGGGAGAAGAUCAUGUUGGCCAUCAUCACCAAAAUGACACUCACUCAAGUAUCCACCUGGUUCGCCAAUGCCAGGAGAAGGCUUAAAAAGGAAAACAAGAUGACCUGGUCACCAAAGAAUAAGGCGAAUGAUGACAGAAAGGAUGACCUUAACAAGAGUGAGCAAGACGGUGUUACCAAAGAUUCUAAUGAUUGCAAGGAUGAAAAGGAUUUACAUCUGAGUGAUCUGGAGGAUAUGGAUGACGAUGACUGUGACAAGCUGGACAGUGACUGUGAAAAGGUGGCAUCGGAUGAGCAUGACCUCCAGAGGACCAUGGCAGGAUCUGGAGCGCCUCAAAAAAGAGACUGCAGCUCCGAACUACACCUGAGUUUAACUAACAGCUUUCACUCUUUCCCUUGUGCCAUCAAGAAUGUCACCACCCUUCCUCCUCUCCCGGCUGACUUCCUGGAUCCUGUAGUGUCCAAAGCACCCUCCUCAACGAGCCCAGCCACAGGAACUGUGUCCCUGUCGCACUAUGAAGCUUCAGAUAAGCCACGGAUUUGGUCUCUGGCUCGGACGGCAGCUUCGGGGGUCAUUCUGAGCCCUCAGCAGCAUCUCUGGACUACAGAUGCUGACCAGGCCACUACAGGCACCAUCCUCAUGGCAGGCAUUAGAGGCCUUCAUGAAUCUAGCAGUGUCACCAAUGUUGAGAGCCCCUUUUCAGAGGGCUCGUCCUUGCACUCAAAGGUCUAUGGCACUAGCAGCUAUGGUCCCAAGAGCCUCCAACUUCACUGUUCAUCCUAUGCUGCACUCCCAGACACAUGUCAGUACUCCACCAUUGAAGGAUUCUCCAGUGGCAAAGCAGAGACACAGUCAUCUGACCUCAGUGAAACCUGUGGGACCGUGCAGGAUGACAAGGUCACUGCAUUCAGACCAGUGAUGAAGAGGUGAAGCAGAUCGCUGGAAAUAUACCACAGUAACUAUUGGGACAUUUAUUAUGCACUAAAUGACACACCGGCCAACUAGCGGCCUCAGUAUGACACAUGGGAACUACCUGGCGCUGCUGCAGUGUGAGCUGUCAAACUGUGGACGUGGCUAUCAUUUUGCACAACAUUGUUUUUAUGGUGUUAAAGACUUUAUGCAAAAAAUCUAGAUGCAAAUGUGUGAGACUGGCCGAAUAAAAAAAACGGCCGAAUUUGUGUAUGGCAAUCGUGUAGUGUAGCAAACUUAUUUAUUUCUUUACGUAUUUAUUAUUUUGUUAUGUCGUCUGUUGGCUAAUUAUUUAACGUGUUUAUUGGUUGACUUUGUAUCUCUUUUGAAUAUUUUGUUACACGUUUUUCAGUUUUCUGUGGCUUCGUGUCAUUUUGCCAGAUGUAAAAAGAGAAAAGCUUGUCGGACUCAAAGCUGGCUAUGAACGACUGGAUCCGCUGUGGACUUGGAAAUAUGUUUUGUCCCUGUGUUAAAAUGUGAGCUUCUCCUGUGUUUGCCAUUCAUGACAUCUUUUCUAACAAUACAUUUUUUUCCCAAGAGC